CCCGGGUCCGGAGCGGCGGGCGCGGGAUGUCCGGCCUCUGGGCCCUGCUGGCCGCAGGCCUCUUAGCCGGACCGUUGUCCGGCCUCGAUUCUCAGCAAAAACUUCUGCAUAUCACAGUUCCACAGAAGAUUUCGUCCAACAUAAGUGAAGAAUCAGAACUGAAAUAUGUGACCUACAUCAUUGAGGUAGAAGGCAAAGAAUAUACUGUGCAUCUUAAGCAACAAGCAUUUUUGCCCCAGGAUUUCAUGGUUUAUACCUACAACAAAGAGGGAACUUUGCAUUCAGACUUCCCAAAUGUUAAGAUGCAAUGUCACUUCCAAGGAUAUAUUGCCGGUUUCCCCAAUUCUCUCGUGACACUCAACACCUGUUCUGGACUCAGGGGAUUACUGCAAUUUGAAAAUAAGAGUUAUGGAAUUGAACCAUUGGAAAAUGCAGCAGGAUUUGAGCAUCUUAUUUAUCAAGUAAAGAAUGAAAAUGCCAAAGUUCCCCUCUUAUCAGAAAACAACACGGAAAGCAGGCAUAAGGAAUCUUCCUACAAAGUUCAUAUAAGUGAGGAAGAAGACCAAACUGGUUCAAGAUUGUUGUCUCGGUAUCUGGAAAUGCAUAUUAUAGUGGACAAAGCUUUGUAUGAUUACAUGGGCUCUGAUAUGGUGGUUGUAACCCAGAAAGUCGUCCAGAUUAUAGGCCUUGUUAAUGCAAUGUUUGCCCCAUUCAACAUGACUAUUGUGCUGUCUUCACUGGAGUUCUGGUCAGAUAAAAAUAAAAUACCCACCACCGGAGAGGCUGAUGAAUUACUACAAAGAUUUUUGAAGUGGAAACAUGACUACCUCGUCCUCAGGCCCCAUGAUAUGGCGUAUUUGCUUAUCUACAAGGAUCAUCCUAAUUAUGUGGGAGCAACUUUUCCUGGAAAAAUGUGCCAUAGGAAGUAUGCUGCAGGAAUUGCUCUGUAUCCGAAGAUGAUAAGCUUGGAGACAUUUUCUGUUAUUAUUGCACAGUUGCUGGGACUUAAUCUGGGCAUAUCGUAUGAUGACAUUAAGAAGUGUCAUUGUUCAGGAGCGGUCUGCAUAAUGAACCCUGAGGCAGUGCAUUCCAGUGGUGUAAAGACUUUUAGCACCUGCAGCAUAGUAGACUUUGAAAACUUCAUUUCGAGGCCCGGAGCAGAAUGUCUUCAGAACCAGCCACAUUUGAGCCCAACUUACAGAGCUCCCACUUGUGGCAACUUCAUUAAGGAAGCUAAUGAAGAAUGUGACUGUGGCCCUCCAGAGUCAUGUACAAAUAAUAGAUGCUGUGAUGCACAAUCUUGUAAACUGAAACGGGGAGCAAAGUGUAGUAGCGGAUUAUGCUGCCAGGACUGUGAGUUUCAGCCAAAAGGCACAUUGUGUAGGAAUAUAGCUGACUUAGAGUGCGAUAUCAAGGAAUAUUGUAACGGGACCUCAGGAUUAUGUCCCCCUGACUUGCAUGUGCUCAACGGGCAUUUGUGUCGCAGUGGUACCGCAUAUUGUUAUGAUGGAGGGUGCCGGAAUGCUGAUUACCAGUGCAGAAAAAUAUUUGGAAAAGGUUCCAAAAGUGCUCCUUUUUCCUGUUAUGAAGAAAUAAAUAUCCAGAGGGACAGAUUUGGAAACUGUGGUUCUGAUAACAACAAUUAUAAGCUGUGUUCUUGGAAAGAUCUCUUGUGUGGAAAGUUAAUUUGUACAUAUCCCAGCCAAACACCAUUUCACAUCCUUAAUGCUUCAGUGAUUUAUGCAAUUGUGAGAAGAACUAUAUGUGUAACUUUAGACUAUAGACUUGGUCCCAAAGUGAAGGAUCCUCUUUUGGUGGAAAAUGGUACUUCAUGUGGCCCUUCCAUGUACUGUUUAAAUCAAGAAUGUAGAGAAGCCCAUUUCGUCAACUCUGACUGUGAUUACAAAGUGAAAUGCCAUGGACAUGGUGUUUGCAAUAAUAAAAAUAACUGCCACUGUGAUCCUGGCUGGCUACCUCCAGAUUGCAGAGAAAGAGGCCCAGGACAUGGGGGAAGUAUCGACAGUGGCCAUUUGUUGAAAUCUGAUAUAAUUUUCACUGGGAGGGCCUAUGAAGAUAAUACGAGGAAGAACUGGCUUCUCCUAGGUUUCUACAUUUCUCUACCCUUCCUCAUCAUUACUACCAUUAUAAUUGUGAAACGAAAUGAAAUGAAAAGAUUGUGCGGCACAGAGGAAUUACAAAGUGUACAUCAGAAGAGAGCAAUCAAUCCUGUAGUGCAAGCGAACGAAGUUCAUAAGCAGCCGCUGCUGCAGACACGGGACGUCGCCGCCGGCUUCGCUAGAAACCGAGGAGCUCGGGCAGGUUACGAGCGGGCAAGCGGCUUCAUUUCGUUUUCGGAUUUCGUUCCUUGUCACGUCGGAGGAUUUUCUUUUGGAAACAAUAAAUGGAGAGGGGCAGUGAACAAGCGGAGUGGCGUUUCUCUCGCCUGGGGCGCUCUGGAU